CAAAAUUUGAAGAAGACUGUGUGAUACACUGUUCCCCUCUGCGCUCGGGCUUACAUUAGGGAUUCACUCUAUAGGAUCUGCACUCCUCUCACUCUCUCUCUCUCGGCUGCGUUCGCAUAGCUUUUCAUGUGAAAUCUAUGGAGUUGAAAUCAGGUACUUUUGUUGUUUCUGUUUAACCACAUUUUUUUAUUUAAUUUUUUUCCCUUCAAACCAAGCACAGAAAAAAAAAAUUAGGGUUUUCCGAUUUAGUUUGGUGGGUGAUACAUUUGGGGAUUUGAAGUGGGUAUGUUGGGUAAGGAUGAUGCCGCCUCCAGUUGUGGAGGGGGAGGAGGAGGUGGUGGGGGGGGCUCUCGGGAGCCCUGCCAGGUGUCUGAUGCCCGUAAAACUUAUUGGCGGUCAGCAUCGUGGUCCUCUUCCCGGUCCACACUACCGCCUUUGAACACUGAUAAUGAUAAAGAUGGUUUAGAUCCAAAUGGGAAUAACUGUGUGCAGGGUAGGCGGUUGCCUGUCCCUUUAACCCCUAGAUCCCAACAGAAUUGUAAGGCUCGGUCAUGUUUGCCACCGUUACAACCCCUGGCAAUUUCUCGCCGCAGCUUAGAUGAGUGGCCAAAGGCAGGGUCUGAUGAUGUUGGAGAAUGGCCGGUUCCUAUUACUCCUGGUGGUAGAGAUUUGAACAAGAGUGGGGAGAGAUUGAAACUUGAUUUGUCGACAAUUCAAAGAGACCCAGACAAGAAUGGUGGGCUUGUUAAGAGGGAAAAGAUUGCAUUCUUUGAUAAAAAGUGUUCCAAGGUGGCAGAACACAUAUAUCUAGGCGGGGAUGCUGUUGCUAAAGAUAAGGAUAUACUCAAACAGAAUGGGAUUACCCAUAUUCUUAAUUGCGUUGGUUUUGUUUGCCCCGAGUAUUUUAGAGCCGAUUUUGUGUACAGAACUCUGUGGUUGCAGGAUAAUCCCUCAGAAGAUAUUACUAGCAUAUUGUAUGAUGUUUUUGAUUACUUUGAAGAUGUCAGGGAGCAAGCUGGAAGAGUUUUUGUUCAUUGUUGUCAAGGGGUCUCUCGGUCCACUUCAUUGGUGAUUGCUUAUCUUAUGUGGAGAGAGGGGCAAAGUUUUGAUGAUGCAUUUCGGUAUGUGAAAGCAGCUCGGGGCAUUGCUGAUCCGAAUAUGGGUUUUGCUUGUCAGUUGUUACAGUGCCAGAAAAGGGUGCAUGCUUUUCCUCUUAGCCCCAGUUCGUUGUUGAGGUUGUAUAGGAUUGCCCCACACUCGUCAUAUGAUCCUUUGCAUCUUGUCCCAAAAAUGUUAAAUGAUCCGUCUCCAUCUGUUCUGGAUUCUAGAGGUGCAUUUAUCAUUCAUAUACCUUCUGCUAUCUAUGUUUGGAUUGGUAAGAAAUGUGAAGCCAUCAUGGAAAGGGAUGCCAGGGGAGCUGUUUGCCAAAUUGUUCGGUAUGAAAAAGUGCAGGGGCCAAUAAUAAUGAUUAAGGAAGGGGAGGAGCCACCAUAUUUUUGGGACGCUUUCUCAAAUCUCCUACCUUUGAUGGAUAAAUCUAGUAACGGGGUGGAUGUGGUUGAAUUUUCAACUAAAAUUGGCCCAGGUGAUAGAAAAGUGGAUACCUAUGACAUGGACUUCGAGAUUUUCCAGAAAGCAAUCAAGGGAGGCUUUGUGCCUCCAUUCUCGUCAUCUGAGACUGAACAUGAAACCCAUCUUCCUGCAAGAGAAAGCACUUGGAGUGUGCUGAGGCGUAAGUUUGCUUUUGGCAAUAUGAAGGACUUUGUUUCAGCAUCAAAAUUGGCUCUUUCCAGGGUCUACCCAGAUUCCAUGUUGAUAGUAGGUGUAGAUAAUUCUGUGACCAAAUCAUUAAAUUCUUCUGCAAAUGUGUCGUCGUCAACAUCCCCCUCAUCAGUAUCGUCUUCUUCUUUUUCUUCUUCCUCAUCUUCAUCUGCAUCUUCAUCUUCUUCUUCUUCUCCUUAUCUUUCUCCAGACUCCAUCUCUUCUGAUUCAGGCAUCAGUUUGAAGUACUUUUCAGAUUCCCCUGCAGUGUCUCCCUCGACGGUGUCAUGUUCUCAUCCACUAUCUUCGACCCAGUCUAGUUUUUCUAAUUUGUCACCUUCCUCAUCCAAAAUUUCUCCUCACUCCAUAACUAAGACUUCAGAAUUUAUUGAUGUUAAUUUUACCUCAGGGCCUCGUUCUCAAUCAGUGUUGUCAUUGUCUAAAAGAUCUCCACUUUCUAUUGCGGAGCGCAGAGGUAGCUUGUCAAAGUGUCUCACACUGCCAGGGGGAAAGGAUGUCUCCCCAAGUUUUCUCUCUCGUAUACGUGAGCAGCCAAUGCGUACUGACAGUUCAAGGGGAAAAGAUGUCUCAAGUAGUUUUCUCUCUAGUAUACAUGAUUGUAUUAGUAGAAAGAUCAAUAACUCUAUAUGUGAACCACAUAAAACAAAAAAUCUUUUUGAGCCAAAGGGAGAAAAAGAUUCAAGUCAAGCAUAUGAGUUACAAGGAUCUUCAUGUAGAGAAGCUAGUGCUGAUUCAUGUGAUAACGAAGCUGCUUUCAUGAAAACUUCUGAUGAACCAUGCAGAAUUCAUCCUUUGGGAAAGAGGUUGUCUGGCUUGACUGGAUUGCCGGCUAGUGGUUCAGCAUGCCGUUACCCAACACGACCAGAUAUAUGUCGCUGGCCCAGCUUGGAAAAGGUUGUGACAUUUGGUGCUGGUGAUUUGGACUCCGAAGCUGUAUACAUUUUUGUUACUCCAAGUUCAGGUUUAGGCAAAUGUAAGGAUAUAAUUCUGUAUUUUUGGGUAGGAAAGUCUUUCAAUCAUGGUAAAAGCAAGAAUCAACUAGGUAGCAGUGGAGAGUUAGGUGAUCUAGAAGAGAUUGACUGGAAUCAAGUUGGUUCUGAUGUUCUUUCACAAAUGGCUCUGCCAGAGGACACUGACAUAAAGGUAUGUAUCUUCUUUGGAGUUUCCAUUUGAUUUUUUUUCUUUUCCUUUUUCUCACUUCUCUGGAUUACCUACAAGCUCAUUGUGGACUGCAUUUUAAUUGUUGACUUACUGUUGCUUCAUGUGCAAUAAUAUCAAAGGCUAACUACAGAGAGAGUUAUAUUUGGGGAUUAAACCCAGCGUACUUGUUACUUGUAUUUGGGAUUGAUUAGCUGUAUUGUGAUUAGUUGAAGUUAUACAAAACAUGAAAAUGACUCUCCAUGCUUGGAACAUAAACAAAAGUUUAACGCUCUCACUUAUUGUAUGGGAAAGAUGGCACAAAUUAUCACUUUUCUUUUCUUGCAGAAAAUUGAGCUGAAUUAGAUGAAAACAAUUGGUUCACAGUCAACUGACUGACAUUUGUUUUUAUAUUUUGGUUUAUUACACUUUCUACCUAAACUAUCAUUAAAUUGUCUACUUAGUCAUGUACUAUCGAUUGAGUCUACUAAGUCCCUAUAGUAUAUAAAUUA